AUGGCAGAAGCUCGAAGGUCCAAAGAAGAGAAACGCGAUCAGGAGCUGGAAGCAGAGAGACAGAAGGACUUGAAAGGCGGCAAGAAAGUUGUCGACACAAAGUUCAAGGCCCUUGAGUACUUGUUGAAUCAAAGCAAGCUAUACUCGACCAUCAUGCUCUCUCAAAUGCAAAGACAGGAAGAGGAGGCACACGCCACUGACGAGAGAGGAAAGAAACGAGCCCUGAAGCGCGAAGAGACAGCGGAGAAAGCAGCCGAAGUCAGUCAGAAACGAGCAACUCGAUCGGCAGUCACCACAGAGGAAACAGCCGAGGAAGUGACGGAGCAACCAGCUGCUGGAGGCCGAAGGAAGUCAGCCAGGGGAAAUGCGACCAAAGCAAAAUCUGGCAACGGCAAGAUUUCCGACUAUUUGAGCAAAGACGACUUGAAAGCCAAGGCUGGAGCCAACUCAAUAAAAGAAGCACUUGCUGAGGAAGCCGACUCCGAUGUUCAGUCUGGCAAUAUCGGAGUUCAAAACUUGAGGUCUGCUAAGCAACCGGCUCUCGUGAGCGGUGGUUUGAUGCGCUCGUAUCAACUCGAAGGUCUGGAGUGGCUCACAUCACUAUACGAGAACGGACUGAAUGGAAUCCUGGCUGAUGAAAUGGGCUUGGGUAAGACUAUUCAAACAAUCUCGUUCCUCGCCUUCUUGCGUGAGAAGGGCACAUACGGACCAUUCUUGAUCGCAUCGCCUCUGAGCACCACAAGCAAUUGGGUGAAUGAGUUCAACAAAUGGACUCCCGAUAUCCCAGUCGUGCUCUAUCAUGGAUCCAAGCAAGAGAGGGAAGACAUUCGUCGUAAACAUUUCAAGAAUCCAGGCAGCAAGGAUUUUCCUGUCAUUUGCACUUCUUACGAGAUUUGCAUGAACGACCGCAAGUUCCUUGGCAACUAUGGCUGGAAGUUUAUCAUCAUCGAUGAGGGUCAUCGCAUCAAGAACUUGAACUGCCGCUUGAUCAGGGAGCUGCAAUCUUAUCAGUCAGCCAACAGACUGCUGAUUACUGGAACACCGCUACAGAACAAUCUGACUGAGUUGUGGUCGUUGCUACAUUUCCUCAUGCCCACUAUCUUUGACAAGCUUGAGUCUUUCGAGUCAUGGUUCGAUUUCUCGGCUUUGAACCAGCGUAAUGGCUACGAAGACAUCCUGUCCGAAGAGCGUAAAACCAAUCUUGUGACAUCGCUGCACGCCAUCUUAAAGCCAUUUUUAUUGCGCCGCAUCAAGACAGACGUCGAAACCUCUCUUCCAAAGAAGCGUGAAUAUGUGCUCUAUGCACCACUCACAGCUACGCAACGCGAGCUUUACAAAGAAAUUCUUGAGGGUAACAGUCGAGCCUAUCUUGAGAAUAAAGCUGUCGAAAGCUUGAGCGGUACUACCACACCCCGCAGCACUCGUGGUGCUAGCUUGAAACGGAGCAGACUCGAGGAUGGAAGCGCUACACCCAACAAGAGCGUCAAGUUCAGCCGAGCCUCCACACCAGCAACAACAGCUAGUGCUCGUGGCAGCAGGAGAGCCAAGAAGUCUCAGAAUUACGAGGAGCUGUCUGACACUGCCUACUUCAAGCAAGUGCAAGAAGAAGAGUCAGAAGAAGAAGAGCAGUCGCUCAACGCGAGUGAGGAGGAAGCCCAAGAACAAGCACAAACACUGGCUCUGGCUAAGAAGUUGAUCGGAGCCAAGAAGUUGCAGAACCCUGUGCUACAGUUGCGUCUCUGCUGCAACUCACCCCACAACUUCUUCUAUCCUUUCAUGGAGGAAGACAACAGUGACGUGGAUGAGACUUUGGUGACAGAAAGCGGCAAGAUGUUGUUGCUAGACUCUCUGAUGCCAACCUUGCUGGAACGUGGCCACAAAGUCCUCAUCUUCAGUCAGUUCAAAACACAACUCGAUCUAAUCGAAACCUACUGCGAGGUCCUGCGCGGAUGGAAAUGUAGCCGCAUCGACGGUGGCGUCUCACAGCCAGACCGACAAGAGCAAAUUUCUCAAUUCAACUCGCCAGAAUCGGAGACUAAUAUCUUCUUACUGAGCACUCGCGCAGGUGGACAAGGCAUCAACCUCACAGCUGCAGACACAGUACUUCUCUUCGACAGCGAUUGGAAUCCCCAGCAGGAUUUGCAAGCACAAGAUCGUGCUCAUCGCAUUGGUCAAACUAGACCCGUUAUCGUGUAUAGGUUUGCAACCAAAGGCACGGUGGAAACACUGCUAUUGGAAAAAGCAGAGUCGAAACGAAGAUUGGAAAAACUGGUCAUUCAAAAGGGCAAAUUCAGAUCGAUGCGUGCGGGCGAGGUGUCAGGUGCCGAGUUUGCGGAGCUUCAGCAGUUGCUGGAACAGCAAGAUGGCGAGAGAGUCGAGCUGGAAGAGGGCACCAAGGGUUUGUUGUCGGAAGAGGAGCUGAACACUUUGACGGACAGAAGUGAAGAAGCUUAUGAGCGAGCAGAGAAGGGUCUAGAUGGUGGUGACAAGUUCAAGGCUGUCGAGACCAAGGCAGGAGGUGAAGGUUUCUUGGAGGCUAUGAGCAAGUGA